AUGGAUGGCUUGCGCUGCACCACCCACAGCUCCAACCACAUACCCCAUAUCCAGUGUAAACCCGAAGGAAUAAGACCGGGAGGCAUGCGGAUGGGAACCACGUUUCAUCAACGGAGCCGGCCCACACUCCUUCACAGGCAAACACAAGCACGCUGUAUUUGGGGAAUCAAGCGCACACAAGGCGGUGGCUGGACCGUAGUCCGCUCCACACUGAGUGCAUGGAACCGCUCUUUGAGCCUAGCACGGCCACAAGAACCGUGCACCCCGUCCCCUCCAGCAACGACCAACUGUCUCCUGGAGCCAGUAUGAACGAUGUAGUGGGUAAUAGACAGGUAGGCACCUUGUCAACAUACACAUCAAGCGCAACCACACCGGGGAUAUCAAACAACA